AUGGCCCGACUAAUAUCGCUCUUUGUGGCCCUGAGUGGCCUUCUCGUCGGCUCAUCACCACUUGUAUCGGCACAGCAGGCAGGAACAAACUCCACAUCGGGGCCUGAAACCGUCCACGUAGGUUGGCUGGACGGAAAAGCACCCUCGACUUUUGCAGGAGCAACCUUUGGUCUCCCCUGGCCACGGGGAAAGUACCGUCCCGACACCACAAGCUUCACGACGGCCGAUGGAGGCUCCGAACUCCAGUCGUGGGGAACGGCCUAUUGGCCCGAUGGCUCCUACAAGUGGACCGCGCACGCCGUACCCGCGUCAUCAACCCCGCCGGCCGAUGGCUACAGCGUGGUUGCAUCUGGCAGUGGGUUUUCAGGCAACUACACCGGCAGGAGCAAGCACAGACGACGCCAGGAUGAGCCUGCGGGGCUAGUGACUUCCAACACGGACGAUGAGGUAACGGUCGACACGGGCAAGAUGUCUGUUUCGUUCCCGAAACGAGGCGAGGUUGUUGUGGGCGAGUUGCGCUCUGCAGGCGGCAAAACAGUAGGAAGAAAUGGAAGGCUGGUGCUGCAUUCGCAGUCUGGGGUUUUGCAGGACAUUGACCAAGCAGCCGAGGGUGAAGCCAUCCAGCACUUUUCCUUCCAGAGCACGGUUGAGAACGUCACUGUCAGCGAGGAGUCGUCAUCCACUCGCGCUCUCGUUACCGUGCGCGGCAAACACACAGCCACCGCCGGCUCGCACCAACCAUGGGUCCCCUUCGUCCUUCGAUUCUACCUCUACCGCGAUGCCGACACCAUGCGCAUCGUGCACAGCAUCGUCUACGACGGCGAUGCAAGCACCGACUUCAUCACGGGAGUCGGCAUCCGAUUCGACGUGCCUCUAGCCGGCGAAGAGUUGUAUGAUCGCCACGUUCGCCUCUCGGGAGUCGACGGCGCCCUCAUGGCCGAAGCAGUCAAGGGGCUUACAGGCCUUCGACGCGACCCCGGGGCGGCGGUCAAGGCGGCGCAGGUGGGUGGACUCAAGACGCCACCAACCGAGACGUGGGACACGCGCGUCACCACCCGCCUGCACUGGAUCCCGGCGUGGAACGACUUCAGCCUCGCGCAGCUGUCUCCCGAUGGGUUCACGGUCAAGAAGCGGACCAAGGCCGGGCAGAGCUGGGUGCACGCGAGCGGCGGCACGAGGUCGGGCGGGUUGGCGUACCUCGGAGGUGCGACAAAGGGCGGUUUGGGGAUGGGACUGAGGCACUUUUGGAAGCGACACCCUACGGGACUGGAUGUGCGCAAUGCCGCCACUGACGAAGGGCAGCUGACGCUAUGGAUUUACAGCCCCGAGGCGCAGCCCCUUGACCUGAGACCGUUUCAUGACGGGUUGGGCCAAAAGACUUAUGCUGACCAGCUCGAUGCGCUGGAAAUCACCUAUGAGGACUGGGAGGAGGGCUACGAUACCCCUACAGGAAUAGCGAGGACAAACGAGGUCUUUAUCACGGCAUUUGACAGCACCCCCUCAGCCCAGACGCUGGCAGAUUUGGCCGAGCAUAUUGAAAACCCACCUGUCUUGACAGCAGCACCCGAAACAUAUCAUGCAUCCGGAGCCCUCGGCACUUAUUGGUCUCUACCUGGCCAAGGCAGCAUUGGAAAUCCUGCGGCCGCAGCUACGAUUGAGAAAAACCUUGACUUUUUGUUCAAAUUCUACGAAGGGCAGAUUGAGCAGCGACGGUGGUAUGGCUUUUUGGACCAUGGUGAUUUCAUGCACACCUAUGAUGCCGACAGACACACGUGGCGGUAUGAUGUUGGUGGUUACGGAUGGGACAAUUCGGAGCUUUCACCAGAUAUCUUCUUCUGGCAACAGUUCCUCCGCACCGGUCGCGCCGACGUCUACCGCUUCGCCGAAGCACUGACCCGACACACGGGCGAGGUGGACGUGUACCACACCGGCAAGUGGAAGGGCUUGGGCACGCGCCACGGAGUCCAGCACUGGAGCGACAGCGCCAAGCAGGCGCGCAUCUCCACGCCGCAGUACCGCAAGGUCUUCUACUACGUCUCGGGCGGCGACGAGCGCGUCGGCGAGCUCAUGGAGGAGACGCUGGACGCCGCCAAGACCUUUACGUUCCUGGACCCGCGCCGCAAGGUCCGUACCGACGGCUUCAAACCUUCUGAGACGGCCGCAGACAUUGGGCUGGGAACCGACUGGGGCGCACUCGCGGCAGGCUGGCUGAUCGAAGUCGAAAGGCGGGGGUCGCGUCAGGAGGAGGCAAUGACCAGGCUGAACAGAACCAUGUCGGGAAUCGGGCGGCUCAAAUUUGGAUUCGUGACGGGCCAGGCCUUGUUUAAUCCGCAGACAGGCGACUUGGGUCCGCCUCCCAACGACCCAUCAAACAACGGCUCGAUCGGCAUCUCUCAUCUCUCCUCCGUCUUUGGGCUGGUCGAGGUUAUUCAUGAGAUCACCGAGCACCUGGGCGGGCCGGACAAGCUGCCGGCCGGGUUUGACUCGGCGUGGCUCGACUACUGCCGAUACUACAGCGCGACGGCGGACGAGCAGCGAGCAAAGUACGGCGCGGCCUUCUCUGGAACCAGUCUGAAGCAGGGUCACUCGCGACUGACGGCCUACGUUGCCAAUCGCACGGGGGAGGAUGCGCUCGCGAGGCGUGCGUGGACAGAGUUUUACGGUAACGACGGCCUGAGAGCGUCGCUGCCGUGGUCGAGCGUGUCGGUAAACAAGACGGAUUUCAUUGGCCCUGCCGUCGAAGCACCGUGGCUCAGCACCAACGAUUUAGGACUGUAUGGUCCUGCCGCUAUUGAGAAUUUGCAGCUCGUACCAGAGGCGUUGACUGGCCCACCGAGCUAG